AUGUGGCUUGACCGGCUUGCUGGCCAGGCCAGCGGCUCUGGCUCAUCCACGCCGCAAUCAAUCUCGCGAUCCUUUUCACCACUCCCGCGACGGACCUCUAGCAACCUCAGUCCCUACGUAACCUCACAGCGCCAAGGCCCAUCGCCUAGGGGCUCCUCGCUGUCGCUCGUGUCUUCCGAGUCCUCCGCCUCGCUGCUGACCUCGUCGCGCCGACCCAACGGAACAGGCUUGAAGCAAACCUCGGCACCCGUCGCGUAUCCCACAGACUCCAUAGAAACCUUGGAGAAGCUUCUUGGAAAGAUAUCGAGCUCAACGCCGGCUGCUGACUCGGACAUUCUCGACUCCGACUUCGACCUUGAAUUCGAUUUUGGUGGUUUGUCUAUAAAAGAGCUUGCAGCGUCGCAAGAUGACACAAAUGCGCCACCUCCAACAUCCAAUCCCCGGAGGCCCUCCGAUUACGAAGGCGACCAGACCAAGUUUGAAGACCUACACCGUUCAAUCACUGCUUGUGACGAUAUACUGAGCUCCGUCGAGACGAACCUCACAAGCUUCCGCAACGACUUGGCCUCGGUGGCUGCAGACAUCGAAUCAUUGCAAGCCCGCUCGGCAGCCCUGAAUAAGAGGCUUGAGAACCGCAAAGAGGUAGAAAAGGCUCUCAGUCCCUUGGUCGAAGAGCUCAGCGUAUCGCCCGAAAUCAUUACCAAAAUCACCACCGGCCAUAUCGACGAGACAUGGCCCAAGCUGCUCACAGAACUUGAUCGACGAGCGAUUGCCCAUAAAAAGAAGACCAAUGAAACCCGGCAAAGCAAGGCAACUUCGGACCUAGCCCCGCUGCUGGAGAAGCUGGUGCAAAAGGCUGUUGAGCGGAUUCGAGAUUUCAUCGUUGCCCAAAUCAAGGCAUUGCGGUCGCCCAACAUCAACGCUCAGAUCAUUCAACAGCAUAAUUUCCUCAAAUUCAAGGAACUUUAUACGUUUCUGCACAAGCAUCACUCCCAGCUUGCCGAGGAGAUUGCACUAGCAUACAUGAAUACCAUGCGCUGGUACUAUCUUACUCAAUUUACGCGAUAUGAAAAAGCACUGGGGAAAAUAAAGCUCCAUGUUCUUGACAAGAACGAUACGUUGAACCAUGAAGAAACAACGCGCAUGGCCAGCGUCUUGUCUGCACGAGUGACUGGACCGCCGCAUGACGCUUUCAAUAUUGGACGCCGUAUCGACAUGAUCAAAGCGAGCGAGCAACCGGCACUCUCGGCGUUCCUCGCCGAGGAAGACAAAGCUACGCACUACUUGGAAGUACCCUUUCGCAGUUUCAAUCUCGCCCUGAUUGACAAUGCGGCGGCCGAGUAUACAUUCCUUGCGACAUACUUUUCACCAUCAUUGUCGUUCUCCCAAAUCUCGAAGAAUUUCAAUUAUAUUUUCGAGCCUACUUUUGAACACGGCCAAACGCUUUCCAAGACUCUCGUUUCCGAAACCUAUGACGCACUGGGCGUGAUGAUGUGCAUCCGACUGAACCAGCAAUUUGCCUUUGAGCUGCAGCGUCGACGAGUACCAGCCGUGGACGGCUACGUAAAUGCCACCAACAUGCUACUGUGGCCGCGGCUGCAAGUCAUUAUCGAUCGCCACUGCGAAUCGGUUCGGCAACUGACCAGUUCGACGCCGGCCAAGGCGAGCAAGUCGGCGGCAGAACAGGCCAAGGUUUCGGCGGCACCGCAUCAAGUCACGCAGCGCUUCGGACAGCUGCUGCACGGCUUCUUGUCCCUGAGCGCCGACGCGGGCGAUGACGAGCCCGUAGCUACUAGCCUGCAACGUCUGCGCACCGAUGUCGAGGCGUUUUUGACGCGCUUUGGCCACUCAUUCGGAAGCGAUAAGCGCAAGACGGCGCGCUUCAUGUACAAUAAUUACUCGCUCAUCCUGACCAUUAUUAGCGACACGACGGGCAAGCUGGCGGAUGAGCAUCAACAGCACUUUGAAGAACUCAAGACGGCUUACCAAGAUGAGGAUUAG